GGUACGAUCUUUACGAAAAGAUCAAUGAGCUCGGUGCCCGGGACCGAUGUCAGAGUGGAUGGGAAGCCGGAGUAAAAAGGAGUGAAAUUGAACAUGCUACGGUCGCGAAGGGAUGAGUGACAAUUAUAGGCAGCCGUCUCUCCUCAUCUAUUGCGUGACCCCAACAGUUGAGCAGGAGGCGUUUUGCUGCACUCUCCUGUGAAGGAGUGCGCUUCCUGUGAGGAAUGUCAGCCCCCAUUCUCCGCCUCACUCCGCUUGGAACUUUUGCAAGCUCUUGCAAGGCUACCGCAUGGUUGGAAGUUCAUUCGCAUCGGGAAGGGAAUUGCAGUGCAAACUUUCCCUGCUUCUCUUUCGAUUGCUCAUGUGAGCAUUGUGGAAAAAAAAGGGUUUAGAGAGUCGUGUUAGAAAGGAGAAAGUUGCGAAAGAAGAUGUUUGGGGCUGCGAAACUGUGAUCGUGCGGUGCUGGUGUGAGGGUGUGAGUGUUGACCUCAUCCUCGUGGAUAGAGGGACUGGGACGCCGUUCAUUGAAGUUCGGCGACACUCUUCUUCCAGUCAUGAGCUCAGCACGCUCACAAGAUCGGUGGUGGAGCUUGGAGACGGUUGCUGUUGUGACUGGAGCUAACAAGGGCAUUGGGUUCGAAAUCGUGCGUAGGCUGGCACUGGAAGGUCUGACUGUCGUACUCACCGCGCGUAAUGAGAGCCGUGGAAUCACGGCGACUCAAGAGCUUCAUGCCCAAGGUUUAGACAAUGUCGUCUUCCAUCAGCUUGACGUAAGCAACCAGGAAUCUAUGAACGAUUUCGCAGACUGGAUUCAGGAGACCUACUGCGGCCUAGACAUCCUCGUCAACAACGCUGCGGUUUACCAUGAUGACAGCUCGUACGAAAACGCUGUCGAAUCCAUGAGUGUCAAUUACAGGGGUACUAUCGACGUCAUCGAAGCGCUUCUGCCGAUGCUCAAAAGCUCCCAUGCAGGAGCAAGGAUUGUCACACUCAGCUCCCGGGCAGGACUGUCGGGAUUUCGUUUUUUCAAAUCUCGCGAAUGUCCACAACACACACGUCAAACGAUUCCACUCACCAUCGCCAAUGCGGUGGGCGUGCAGUACCUCAACGAUGACAAUUUACGAAGCCAGCUCAUGGACGCCACCGAAUUCGACGAAGAGCUCUUAAACAGGACAGCCGAGGAGUACCUGCAAGCGUGUCGCAACGGGGAGGGGGCUCGCUACGCCAACAAUUCUUACCGAAUGUCAAAGGCGCUUAUCAACGGCUACUUGCGCCUGCUGACACUCCGACUAGCCAACCGGCGACACGGCCACAAAAUCCAUCUCCACAACACGCACCCGGGGCUCGUACAGACUGACAUGUACUGGAAGUUCAGGCGCCAGAUCGACGACGACACUUACGAAGCCCAUGUUGCGAGCGGGAGGUUCGGCAGCGAGCAACUGAUCGGCGUGGAAGAAGCUGCCGAGACUCCAGUCUGGCUGUGCCUGACUUCUGAUCCUCUCCCCUCCGGCCGCUUAUGGUGCAAGCAUCAGGAGCUCAGCUACAUCUAAACUCCCUCCUCUCCUACUCCACUCUCUUGCUAUCACUGGCAUGCUUCACUCACUCUCUCUCGCUCUCACUGGCUCGCUCCCUAUCUCUGUCUUGCCUUCUCAGUCCAUGGAUCGAUCUACCUCACCCCACGAUCCAAGUUCUGGGGCACGAGCGCGUGUAAAUUAUGCUCCGAUGUAGAGUUUUAUGAAUGUGUCCUGGAUCGUUCACUCUUACCCAACCUUGACAGCAUUUGAACACCGGAGAAAGAAUAUAGAAAGGCUUUAGUUACUGAGAGCCACAUGAGCGGUGAAUCCACAUGGUGAUGGAUCCUGCAGCAGGGCCACGGCGAUGAUGCAGUUACAACAAUUACAUGAACUCUGUUGCUGGUUUUAUUCCUCUUGUCGGUAUUUUUAGGCUUCAGUCUUGCCCCUUGCGCUGUUGCCCCUCAGCUUCUUAGCAAGAGCGCGGAAGUUGUCCCGCUUGCCAAAAGUCAAUUAGGGUUGUCGACUUUUCUAGAGUAGUGAAAUUACCACCAUAUUAGGGUUUGUUGUCUUGAUCUUUUUUUAAUAUGAAUAUGUUGUUGAUGAUGA